AUGGUGCUGAUUCUGAAUCUACGGCUGCGCAAAGCAAUGGAGCCUGUGAUAUCCAGAUCUUCUACGGCGAGCUCAAUUGUGUCCAAUUAUGCUGAGCUUCCAACCAUCCACAUGCUUGCUUGGGGAAAGGGCAGUUUAGCCCACUGGGCUCUCUUUGUACCAAACAGACCAGGAUCUCCUAUCGGGAGGAUUAUCCACAUUGGCGUCAAUGCCAAUUCAUCAGGCUUCGCAAGCACCACGGUUCCCGAGUACCAACGUCAUGGAUUCCGUGUCACUGGCAGUGCUGCCAGUCGCUGCUUUGAUAUUCCCGAUGCUCGAGCCACUUUGGCGCAGGUGGAAGAAGCAGCAAGAUUUGUAUCUGACGGGUACACCUACAACAUUGCCACGGCAAACUGUCAGAACUUCGCUAUGGAUGUUUUAAUACGGUUGAAUCAUCUUUACCCUUCAACUGUGACUGCCGCUGCUAUCCAACAAGUUCGCCUACGAGGAACUGUCUCAACCUUUCUCGCCCGUUACACCCGUCGGACGCCAAUUGCCUACCCCCAGUCUCGUUCUCGGCCUCCACCUCGUGGGUUUAUAUUAGAUUAA